AUGACUGUAUCGACGCCGACCUCCGAGGUGGCGACCCGCCAGAGCACCUGUUACAACUCACCCUACCUGGCCGAAUACUAUGAUUCAUGGAUCUGGGAUCGAGGGGAUCUUCAAUACUUCUCCAGAAUCCUCCAAGAACAGCUAGCAAAGUCGUCCCUGCCUGCCCACACUCCGUUUUGCAUCCUAGAUGUAGGAACAGGUACCGGCCGGGUGCUAAGGCAUCUUUCCACUACCUUGCCGCAAGGGCUCUCCAAACCGAUCAACCUGGUUGGGCUCGAGAUCGAGCCCCAUAUGCUCGAUCGUGCAAGGCGGCUGCAAUCGGAAAUCAAGAGCCAGCCGGAAGUCGUCAUCUCCUGGGUGCAAGGAUCUGCUUUUGAACUGUCAGCAGCGCCACCGUUCAGCAGCUCUUCUGCCACCAGCAGCAAGGUUGAUAUCUUAUUGUUUCCAUUCGGUAGUCUGGCGCACUUCACCGAGCCGGGACAGGCCGAACGCUUCUUCACAGAGGUCGCCAAGGUGCUGCGCCCCGGCACCGGACGGGCGUACAUCCCGCUCCUCCACAAACUGCUGAUUGACGAUGGGGAUAUCACGGAAUUGGCCGAGCAAGCCUUGUAUCCCGCUGCCACGGUAACAAGCAAGGAAUACCCUGGGGUUACCUACUACGAAAAGCCCCUACGGCAUGGGGUCGAAGGUAAUCAAGUCCAUCAUACCCGAUUCAUUGAGGUGGUUAAAGAUGGCGAUGUUGUGGAGAGGAAUGUCGAUGAUCUGGUGUUAAAGCUGUGGAAGACGAAGGAGGUCUGUGCUCUGGCGAUGCAGGCAGGCCUCGUCAAAGUCGAGCAGGAAGCAGUGGAUGAUGAGAUCUUUUUCGUUUUCCAGCUUCCCGGGUAGGUGGCUGGCUGAGAUGUCAUGCGCCUAUUGAUGUGAUGUGCGUACCACACUUGUAUCUAAAUUCAGAUAUAUUAUGGUUACCACUCCGAGCGGACAAUUUUACCUAUCAACUGAGAGGCUGCUUCUUUGGGCAGGGGAAACGUGAUACGAUCACUGCUGGUAGACCUGUCAGCCUCGUCUAUCCCUGUGGGGUGAUCCAUUCCAUCAGGACAAGCGGAAUGUGGAGCAUAUGUAGGGAGGACCGUAAUGGUGGUAUAGCUUCUGAC